AUGAGUUUAGACAAAUUAAGGGAAUUUGUUGUGAAUUUACCGUCGAAAUUGGAGUUCAGUCAUCCGGCGGCGGUUCGCCAAAACUUAUUCAAAGCGCUAUACCACGCUGCAACGAAUGAAGGGACAUAUUUGAAGGAUUUAUUCCCUUUGAUUGACGAUGAGGAGAUCGAGUCUUUAAAGGAUUAUUCUUUUGCUAUAACAGAGAUCAUAGAGAGAAAGCCAUUUUUUAACCACAAGCAAAAGUCUUCGUACAGCCAUCCAGCUGAUAAAGCAUGCGCCAGAUCGUUCAAGAAAGGAGAGCCAGUUUAUAGAUGUGAACAAUGUGGAUUCGAUGAUACAUGUGUGUUGUGUGUUCAUUGCUUCAAUAAGGAUGAUCACGUUGAUCAUAACGUAUAUAUGUACUUAUCGCAAGGGGAUAAUGGUGGAAUCUGCGACUGUGGCGACCCGGAAGCAUUUGUCAAUCAGCUUAAUUGCAAAUGUCAGCUAGGUGAUAAAAGCGAAACCGAUAGCAAUGAAAUAUCGACAGCAUUUGCGGAGUCGUUGAGAGAGACCAUUAAGAUCUGUCUUGAUUAUAUAUUAGACGUCACUAAUUUUUCAGUACAAACGUUGCCAUAUAUUCAUGACAGUAUCAAUGAAAGGGGCAGUAAAUUCACUUCAAAGUUCUUGUCUGACUAUUCAACAUUACCUAGUGAACGAUAUGGUGGUGCUACAGAUAAUAAUUCUGAUUCGUUGUGGUAUUUGAUUUUAUGGAAUGAUGAGCACCAUGAUUUCCCUAGUGCCACCAAAGCCAUCAAGGCUGCUGUUGGUGUGAAUUAUUCACGGGCUCAUGAAAUUGCAUCGGAUAUCAAUGCUUCGGGUAGAUGUGUUUUGCGGGAAAGUGCGGACUAUACCGAGUUACUUAGAUAUCAAAAAUUAGCAGAAUCCGAUGGUUUGGUUGCUACGAUAACUAGUGCAAGAGACUAUAUGAGAGAAGUUAUCGUUCAAUACAUGUUUAACUGGUUAGUUGAUAUUACAGAAUUCACAAGCAAUAUUGAGUUCCGUGAAUUGAGUAAGCAAUAUCUAGCCGAUCUACUUUUAGAACCUGGAUUCGAAUUUGCUAAAAACUUUCCCACAAUGCUCAUUUCUGAGCUGCUUGAUUCUGAAGCUACAUCAGAAGAAAUAUCCAAAAAGUUAUUUGAAAAUGGUAUGUUGAUAAAUGGACAAUUCAUAAACUAUGGGAAAACCAGCGUGAAGCUGUCGCUAGAAAUGGCGAAGUACAAGUCAACUACGUCAGGGAUAUUAAAACCUGAUGCAAGACUUGAUAAGCAACAAAAUUCUAGAUUACAAUUCUUAUUGGACUUUGAAAUUCGACUUAAUUGUGUUAUAAGAAAAAAGUUACCUGCGUUGAUUAUACCCCCAAUACUUGCAAAUACUAGGAUGAAAGAAGUAUUCUGUGAUCAGCUUGUAUCAAUAUACCCGCAAUUGAUAACAAGUAUGGCCCUUUCGGAUCGUGAAGAUCACUUGAAUUCAUUAUGUGAGAUAACUACCCAAUUAUUCACUUGCCCUACUAGUGUUCUGAAGAUAUUACGAGAUGGUAAGGCAGGUUUUAUUUUAGGUCCUAUUACUGAUAUUAUAGAAAAGCAUUCUUCAGAAUGGAAUAUGUAUACUCUUUUACCCAAUUUUGUUGAAAUUGGAAGAGGCCAUCCAUUAACAUAUAAGGCAAAAAAGAGGGCUAUUAUCAGAGGUAUUCGUGAUAUUUGCUAUCUUGUCGAUAAAAACCUUGAAGUCAAUAAACUUGACUAUUUUCUUACACAUGAUAAUCUUGUUUUGCUAUUACUUUUCUUAAGAAACUUUCAAGGGUAUUGGACUAUUGAAAGAAAAUAUGGAGAGCAUGUGGAAAGGGAACUUUUGGAUUUUGUUGUUCAUCUAGAAUACUCAGUUCCUAUUCUUAACAUUACUAAGUUUAUAGCAAGUUGCAAAACUUCAAAUGUUCAAUUGGUUAGAGACGGAGUCAAAUUUAUUACCGAUUACUUAUGCCUCCGUGAAACCAUAUGGAAUGCUCCAGGAAUUGCAGAUUUCCGUGUAAGUAAACAACCUGUUUCGUUCGUGCAUCCAGUGAACUCAUUUUUGUCUUACUUAUUGCAGUAUCAGGGUUUUGAAGAUCUUCAGCAUAUUUUCCUUCUGAUGAAAGGACCAUUCGUACAGAUAUCAGAUGUAUCUUUACGAAGUAUAGUGCUAGGUGCGCAAGUUAAGAUUGGAUUUUGGAUCAGAAACGGUAUUUCAGUAUCAAGACAAGCUUCAUUAUAUACCGACUCUUUAAUGAGCGACUUGGCUUAUUUCCGUGAUUGUCAUUUGAAUCAAAUUGCUGCCAUAUUUGACGAUCCAAGAGCUACUUUGUUUAACUUUUUGGAUAGAUGGGAACUUUUGCCAUGGUAUUUAAGCGAGGUCAACCAUGAUAAGACCGUGUAUGAGGAUAGGUUUAAUUCAAUUUCGGAAAAAUUCAUUGUAUUUAUAUAUAAUUUGAUUACAGAUAGAACAAAUUUUAUCAAAUUGACGGCUGAAGAAAGGAUAUCGCAUAAGGCUAGACAAGCAAUAUGUUACUCGUUGAGCGAUGAACCAAGAAGUUAUUCGUCAUUAAGAAGCGAAGUGGACAUUGAAGUAAGUGAACUUCCCGAAUUUGAUGACUUAUUGAACGAGUGUACUGAUUAUCAACCACCGACUGGUUUGAUUGAUUCGGGUAUAUAUAGAUUAAAAUCAAGUUACUUUGAAAAGUUGGAUCCUUUGAGUUUGUAUUUGGACACAAGUCAGUUCCAAACUGUAUCCGAAUACUUGAUUAAGAAUAUAGCAAUGGAACAAAAUAUAAAGGAAGAGAAGGUGGUAUUAAUUCCCCAUAUAACGGAAUUGGAGAAUCAAUUGGUAAAUGAAAAGUUAGCUGGAUUUACGAAGACAAAAGAUUUCGCCAAAUUGAUGUAUAAAUAUUUGCAAGUAUCAAUUGAUACAUGUGAUGAAACUUAUUUACCACAUCUAUUACAUUUAAUUCAUGCUGUUUUAAGAGAUGAUGAGUUAUUACAUGGAUCCAAUUAUUUAAAUGAACAGUUUGUCAGCAUUCCUAUUUGCAAUUUGUUACUAUCCGUAUCUGAAACAACAAUGUCUAAGAAUGUAGUAAGGAAGGCGGAAUUUUUAUUAGAUAGCUUUAUUUCUAAAGAUACUAGAAUUAUUGAAUCAUUAGUCGAUUGUUUUGGAGAAGCCUAUAUUCAAGAUUAUGAAAGAAAGAGAUCAGGUUCACUGAAAUCAGAUUCUGAAAAGGGAAAGAGAUUAGCAGAGGAACGUAAAAAGAAAGUUAUGAAAAAGUUUGCAAAGCAGCGUGAAAACUUUUUGGCCAAAAAUGUUGAAUUUGCUUCUAAAGAUAGUUCUGAAGAGGUAGCUGAAAGUAGCAAAGAUCCAAAGGUUGAGUAUCGUACAUGCGUUCUUUGUGGUGAACCUGAAUCAACCGAAGAAUUAUUUGGUUUGUUAGUAAGUGUAACUACCUGUUCAAGUUUUUGGAAAUUACCGGAGAAUAAUACUCCAUAUUUCUCACUAGCAUUUCAAAGCUGGAAUGAUCAAGCCUCGCCUAGCAACAAUGGUAUAUAUGGUGAUGGUUUUGACUAUCAUGAUCCUGAAUCACAGGAAAGAAAUAGAAGUCUUGAGGGGCGAGUUACUUCUACGUGUGGACAUGGGAUGCAUUAUAAUUGUUACAAAACAUCUGCAAAUAAUUUGAAAUAUUAUCCUUGCCCGUUGUGUCGCAAUCUUUGUAAUCUUUUUGUUCCAAGUUACCUUCUGCCAGACAAUGGGGGCGGUCUUCACGAUAGUGAUGUUAUCUCUGGCUUGCCAAUUCAUAAUAGGUAUAACCAGAUUACCUCGUCAUCCGGUUUAACAAAAUCUAGUAAAAUCAUCAAAGGCCUUGUGAAUGAUGAAAUCGUGAAUCAAACGAACGAAUCGGUUAUGAGAAAGCUUUUUAAACCCGUAGUUGAUGAUUUCUUGUCAGAAAUUAAAGCUAAUCAUCCUCCAGUUAGUUCGAACAAAAAGAAGGAUUAUCUUGAUGAAUUGCAAACCUCCUCACUUCUAAUAGCAAAUACCAUUCGUAUGAAUGAAAUUGCAACUAGAAUUGGUGGUAAUAGCAGUUAUUCUAAUUUUUUGAAUGAGAUUCCCUCCUCAUCAAAGACCUUAAUGAAGUCCUUGAUUCAGUGCAGAGCUUUCAUGUUUGAAAAUAGAGAACUUCCUUUCUUCUUAAAUUCGGAUGAGGAUUUGUCAUUAGAAUAUCAAGAUUUCUGGAAUUCUGAUAAAAUACUUGAUAGCGUGUUUAACGAAGUUGUUCUGUUAUUUUUCCAAACUGAUGAAUCUUUAAAUACGCUUGCAAGAUUAGGAUAUACGAAGUUAUUCACGAUUUGUAUAUAUUCGUUAUUGAGAAUGAUAAACGAAGAUAUUGAGUACUACUAUUUGCUUCGGGCACAGCAACAAUUUAAUCUAGGAAAAGCUGAAAUUGAAAAUAUGGAAACCAUUCUUGAUUCAUACGAAAAUGAAAUUGAGGUUUCAUUAGGCCAUGAUGAAAUGGUUUCAUUGAUUAACGUUAUAUGGUUUGGUGUUGAAAAAUGUAUGCUACCAUUUUUGAGACAAGUCACUAUCUUUCAGGAUUUGCUUACGUCCCUCAGUAGGGGUGAUAAUGAUCAUGAUAGUCACCCUAACUUUGCUGAUGUUGAAAGUAAGAUACAAGGGCAAUCGUACCUAGACUCUUCCGAUGUGUUAUGCCAGAAACUAAAUUUGCCUACCUUGAAAGAGUUGGUACAGGGGAUUGCUGUAAAUGAAGACCGUUUCAAUUUUGAGUGUAAAAUAUUUGACAUUGUACUAAAUGCAAAAAUUCCCCAUUAUAUUGACAGUGGAAUACUUGCUCUCGAUUAUCCUGGUGUUGUCAAAUUGAUUGAUAUGCCCAAUGAUUAUAAUUCUUGCAUUAUUGAAUACAACGAUAAUUCUACAAAGGGAGUUUUUGAUUAUAUUGUUUGCUUGAGUUGUGGUAAGAAGAUUAAGGCAUCAAAACAUUUUACACAUAUGACUAGUUGUUGUAGUUUUACUGCUAUCUACUUCCAUCCUAGAAUGAAUAAUCUUAAACUUGCAACACACAUUGGGACCAGUCCGAUAUUUAUCACUGUUCCGGCACCGUACCUUACCAAACAUGGUGAAGUAAAAAGGCCUAGAAAUUCUGGUAAAGCUUUCUUGAAUAAUCUUAGAUAUCAAUAUUUAAAUAAGCUAUGGUUAAACCAAGGUUUGUAUGGGUUUAUUACAAGAAGCAUAUUCGGAUCUAGACUUCAACAAAAUAUGGGCGAUACCAUUAACAUAGGUAUUAGUGAGGAUGAAGAGGACAUUGAUGAGGACGAAGAAUAUGAUGAUGAUAUAUUUUUGCGUCCAGCAACUAAUGAAGAUCGUGCGUGGUGA